CUGUAAACAACAAUGGCGGCGGAAAACAAGAACUGACUUGAAAUAUUUUUUGUUACAAAAAAUGCAACUCCUGUUUUGCUAAAAGACAACAAAUAAACAGUUGUUUACUGAGAUGCAGGUAAUGUUGAUGAAUUAAGCUCCAAGAUGAAGAUUGAUUUGGAGGUUUUAGCAUCAACAGAAAUAAGGCGGAAAAAACCUUGGCCUAGAAUAAUAUGGAUAGGCGAGGAACAAGAAAGUCUUCUUCUCCUAGAUGCCCCUGGAAAGAGGGUCAGUGUUCUGUAUGUGCCGUCAGGCAAAACAAAACGAAGACUUUCUAAAAUAACACCACUUGUGGAGCAAGUGAAAUGCUUCACCUCAACCAGAAACGGACGUUACCUGCUAGGCUUGUUGAACAAUGGAGAGCUGUUCAUCUGGCAUAAAGAUAAAGAUAUCUCCAAAUUCAUUGCUGGUUUUGACAGACUGGUUGAUGACUUUAGUGAAGAAAACUUCCAUAUUAACGCCUCGGAUAGCUGCUCCCACAUUUUUGUCUCCGUUGGCAACAGGCAGUUCUUCUUGUGGGCGAUGGAAAAAGGGGAGACAAUUCUGCGGGACAAGGUGACCACACUGAAAGGGACGUGGCAUGAGGUGUCAGUGCCGACGGGAAUGGAGUUACCUCCCCUCAACGCCAGGGAGACCAGCAUAGCCAGUGUGUUCUAUGAAAAUGUGAGCCUAGGCCAAUGCUUUCAAUGCUCCAUGGUAUUCAACAGUGACUGUAUUCUAUGUGUGGCAACGGUUGUGCUAAAGUUUCCAGAUCCAGCAUUGACACUGAAGUUUCCUGAUAUCGCACCUAAAAAUCUGCCAGUCUUUACUGCCGAAUGGAGCCUCCUGCAGUACCCGUUCCAGCAGAUGCAUGCAGAGUUUGAGCCCGUCUCCACACUGGGCGCCUACGUCUCUGCAUACAGCAGCAGCGGGCAGGUGCUUGCAGUGGCGGCCAAUCAGAGAUUCCCAUCUCGGACCACCAUGCUGUUUGUGUCCCCGUUGACGGACACUGUGCUGGUCGGGGGUAUGGGGAACUGCGGCGUAAGCAACGUCACCAAGACUGGCAGACAAUACUGGGUGAGUGAUCUAGCCUGGACCUCAGACAAUCUCUUCCUGGCGGGCAUUCUCAAGAACGGCAGCGUGUGUCUGAUACCAAGGCUGGGUGACCCAGUCGCCAUAGCAACCGAUGGAUGCUCCGUAACCAUGGGACCCAGCCUGUUUUUGCCACUUCACCCGGCAAUAUUUGUCAGUGGCAAUGAUGGCAACCUCGAACCAUCAGCUGAAGAAUGCGACCCCAUGAGGCAGCAGUUCUCCGUGGCGACACAUCCAUCUCUUCCAAUAGUGCUCUUCUCGGAUGGUUUCCUGGUUACUGUGGCGCAGUUGCCAGUGGAGGUGACCUCAGUGACCCUAAUGAGAGGCCUGGUUCUCGAGUCAGCCAAGUAUUUGAAGAAACUCGCUGCACAGGAGAACCUGGAUAUGACAGUGGCUGAUGCCUACAGACUGUCAAGAGGUCAAAAAGGUUCGAAGCAGAAUCUUUCUGAAGUUGCAAACAGAGAGAAGAGCGGCAAGAAACGUUAUGAAUUUGAAAUGGCAGAAGUGUCUUUGAACGCUACCAAUGAAAGUGAAGUAAGCAUUAUAGAGACCACAAACAGGUUCGGCUUUGACCAGUUUGGGGCCAUUGGUAACAUGGAGGCUGGAAAGAUUGUUUUCGGUGAGCCAGAAAUGAUUUCCAUAGAUCCAAAUGCAACAUUCAGUGGUCUAGAAGCGUCAACGUCUUUGCUUAAGUAUUUAGAAGGAGCAAUGUCUUCCUUGACCCUGGUGUGGAAACUAGGAGCCUCGUAUUCCGAGGUUUGGUCAGCAGAAGUGGACAAUGUGGUAAAGCAGGCGGUCCACAACCUCUCCAAGAUUUUCAACGUGGUUCUAGACUGCCCAGCCGUCGAUGCAAUAAUGCCGAUCCUCACACCCCGACAGAGCUCCGCCAUUCAGAAUCCUCGAGUGUACAACAUCAUAGUAGCAUACCGCAACAUUCUGCAGCUGCUACGGUUCGACACAUACAACCAACACCUGAUCCCAGCGGCCCUUAGACUGGUCCACAAGACAAUCACGCUGAUGCUGACCAGUAAAGAGUUGGAAAACACUGAUCCCAGGCUGAAAACACUCUUUGGAUGUUUCAGUCUUCUGAAGCAUGCUGAAACCAGUCUGAACCGGAUCUACGUCUGGGUGCCGUCUGAAAAUGGCGCGUCACCUUCGAGCAGUUCGCCUAGGACUUUUGAGCCCGGUGUCCUUGUAAAGAAAGAUGCAGGAAGUGGGGGCUCUGGUAAUAGGGGGCAGCUACCUGGGAAAAGACUGGCUGCCACAUGGAAGUGUCUGUACCGGCAUGUGCUGGAGUACCAGUCUAAGAUUGCGACAGACAGUGAUACCAGCGGGGAUAUCCCCCACACGGAGAAGCUUCUAGACUCCAUACAGCGCAUCUUGCAUGAUGGGGAUGAACAGAUCACUCCACGAUCUGCAGCGGCAAAACUGUCCCCAGGUGAGAAGCUGAGUGUGGAUGGUCAGCAUACACAGGCCCUGGAGGCGUGGAAGGACCAGCUGAGGCAGCUGAAAGGCAGAAAGGACAGUCCUAAGACCUCUAAGAUGCUCCACGCAGUUCUGUACACGUACCUCCUCAAGGACGACCUCCGGGCGGCGGUGGACUUCAUAGAUAGCAUCAUCCUCCAGGCUAGCGUAGACAUUGCUAUGAGCUCCCAGGAGCUGCCUGCGUAUGAGGACGGCACACGACCUCCACUCAUGACUCUUGUCACCCAUCGCUCACAGGACUCUGAGGAAGAGGAGCUGGUUCCCUGCAUAAAGAACCGAGCAAUCCGUCAGACCGUGCAGUCAAUGGCCCGCUUUAUGGCAGCCUACUUCAGCAACCAGACCAUGUUCAUCUACCCACCGCACAGCGCCCAGCCUCUACCCACAGUGCACCUCAGUCAGGUCCCUACCAAGAGUCGAAUCAUCCCCAAAUAUCACGAGGAGGUCACAAACGUAAUCACACAAGAUAAUCUCAGCAGCGUGUGGACUACGGAGCGCACAGUCGAGUACCUGCUACUUAGUGGACUGGUUUGUGAGACGGCCUGGUUUGCACACAAGAUGGGAGACUGGAAGACUGGUUACCUUCUGUCUGUGGCACAUACCAGUCACAGAGAGAUAGCACCGCAGUUGUAUAGGAAAUUUAAGAAGCCCCUUGGAUUAGGAGAGGAUCUGACCCCUGCAAGGAUCCUACAGGAGAAGCUUGCAGGGCUAAUAAGGUCCAACCGCGCUGACAGCACGCCAGCAGUCAACAAACAGCAAAGAUAUUUCAUUCCCAUCAACACAGAGACAAACAUUUCCCAGCUGACCCGGACCCUCGGUGACAUUUUUACAGCCGGAAUAGUGUCAGACGUGGAGUUAGCCCCCUGGUUUCUCGCUACGCUGAUCGCCAAACUGAAGUCAGUUGUGUGUAACCUGUCACCCCUUGUUGCUACGGAGUUCUACCUGCCUGCCCCACCGCUUUUCUGUCCACAACCAGGGGAAAUAGAAACGGGUACUGAGGCCCCUGAUGUCCAAUACGAGGGUGAGAUACGUAUGGAGAUCUCCUCCAUCAUUCAGCUGGUGCUGGUGGCUCUAAACUCCGCCCACCUCUCCCUCCCGUCAGCCAGGUGGUACAUUCAAGAGCUGUUCAAAAUGCAGGAGAGGGCAGCACAAUUCAAGGCGACAACAGAGGGUCCUUGUUUGGAGCUGCCGGAGAUUCUGCAGCAGUACAAGAUUUUCCGUUCUGAAUUUGUCGACCUGCGCCAAGUUCCCAGCGUUCAUGAGGUUCUAGACAGCUUCCGUGACUUCUGCACGAUACUCUGGCUCCUCCACGUGAGAGACAAGCUCUCACAGCAUCUGCGUAUGCGGGGAACACACCUGAAUGAAAAGGAUGGCCAGGAAAGUCCAGAAUCCACUCUAGGCAAGGAGUACAUACAGGAAUGCUUUGAACUCCUGAAGUGGGCGGUGCACAUGCUGACAUUCAGCCAGUACAUUGCUGAUGAUGGCUGCAUCCGUAAGAUCAUCCUGUCCCUCAUUCUGGAGCUUCCUGCGACGGAGGACACGGCGGACAUCUUGGCUGAACACUUCUACGCACCGCAGACUUAUGAUCCAGAGGUGCAAGAAAAGCUUGAGAGACUUGUGACCAGCUGGCAGAGCAUCGAGGUCGUGCCCGAGGACGACGGGAAGUCUGCUAGACUGGACGAAAAGGUUGUUCUCAGUGAGGAAGGGAGAAAGAGCCAGGAUAGCGAUGACGUUGAUGAAGACAGCUCCGUCAGGAAGUCCGUGACGUUCUAUCAGGCUUCCCCGCGAGCUAAGACCCUGUCGGUGUACUUCCAUAAACAGUGCGACGUUGUUCAGAAGGUGUUGAAGAAGAAACGCAAGAUUUUUGGACAGUAUGAUGAGUUUGUUUUUAGCUCAGAGGCCGAGACUGAGAGUGAGAAUGGAAGCAGCGGGAAUAUUUGUAUUGGGUCAAGGUCAUUUGAGACCAAACAGUCGUACCUGGAAUUUCUGGACAGGUUCUAUGCCAUCUGCUUCACAAAAGUGGUGGAGAGGGAAUCAGAAUCAGGGAAGGCAAAAAUGCACGCCAUCCUGCUGCCCUUCUCCAAGCAGAUCAGAGAGGCUGAAUUGGAGGCACAUCUGUCAAAGAAUGAGGAAACUUACCAGAAGAAGACAAGCUCCGUUGUUAUGGCAUCCCCUCGCGCAAAGUUCUUCCGAAGUCAGAGUGAGUCUCAAAUGUCAGAUGAAAAGGACUCCGCUUCACACCAGCAGAAAAGGAAUCUCUUUAGGAGCAACAGUUCAGGCAACAUGGCCCAGUCGCCGAAGCAAUCAGGGAUGUCAAAGUUUGUUAGUGAGGGAUCAUUGUUUGGCAAAAGUAGACCCCCAUCGUCUCCUUCAAGGGCUAAACCCAAUAUGACGGUUAUGGCCUCAAGAUUCUUCCAUUCCGAGGAGGUCUUGUAUCGAGAUGUGGCCAGUAGUGAAGAAGUUCACUGGAUUCUGGACGUAAAUUUUGGACAACGGUACCUGGCUCUGCAGCAUUUGUUGGACUACCUGCACCACUGGGCCGGGAAACAGAACUUGCUGGGGCUUCAUGGGAAGGGCAACAAAGAUCUGGGGUUAAAGCCCACUAUGCGAAUUGAGGUUCCAACUCAGCUUGUGGUGCUUGGACUGUGGCUGCUGGAGAAUAAAUAUGAUAGUGGGAAAAAGCAAAAAUACCUGGGUAAUGAUCGUCAAGAUGAAUUUGAGACAAAAGCUGAUGCUCAGGUGGAGAAUACACCAAGAACGCCGAGAGAUCGUGCAAAAAAGAAAGCUCUUCAAACGGUUGAGGAAAUAACAGAACAUGACAGCUUCACUCAGGUCUCCAACAUUCCAAGGUCAAGGUCACACAGUCCCAAAGGUCAAAGGCCAAGGUCACCAAGUCCAAAACAGGAUGCCUCAAGGUCACAGAGCGCAGGCUUUGAUAUGUCAAGGGACAGAACCCUGGACUUUGUGAGAAGCAUCACCUCAACACAAGAAGAAACAGAACAAAUGAAAACUGCUUACAAGAAGGUUCUUGAUGGUCAUCAUUUUACACAGGGAGAUGACAGUAGUUCUCUGGAGGUAAGCUCCCUUGAGGAAGAAGCUUAUGAGGCAGAUUUGAAACAGCAGCUGUCCAUUCAAAGGUCAGGGAGUGGAAGGGCAGGACGCAGUAAGAGUCUAAAACUGAAGAGUUCCCAGAGACUGGACUCGAGUCCAGAUUCCAGGAACAAUUCAGCUUUAAACCACACGCUGCAGCUCAAUGCAUCUCCAGAACGGGGCUCCCAUCCACCCAUUACGAGCACCCCAUUGAUGGGUAACAGUCCCAGCAGCAGACUACAGCGAAGUCACCAGGUGGAGUUGCAGUCAGCAGAUGUAUCCCGAGUAACCAUGCCACCUGCUUUUGGUCUCCAUGGCAACAACACGGCCCCACCCAGACCCCCUCAUUACAGGGGUGGACUUUUGGGAGGGGAUCCCGCCCACACUGCCCCCUCUGUCAUGAACGAUGUGCAGGCUGGAACGCAGGCAGGGGCAGGUAAUCCAGUCAAUGUGCAGGGAAUGGACCUGGCCCAGCAGUUACAGCUGAUCGUGAGGGGAGAACUGAGGAGAAUGAUGGAGGUGCAGCACCAGAGCAUGAUUGCAAUGAUGGGGGCCCUAGAUGGCGUUGCUCCCCCUAUUGCUAUGCAACAACUUCCAGCCAAUCAGAUGCCUGCCUAUGUUCCUAUGGAACCACCUUCAGCUAAUCAGACGCCUGCUUAUGCGUAUGAGGAGAUUCCACAGGAACAAGGUGGCAGGAGAUCUCUCAAGGGAAAGAACUCCAUUAGAAAUGUUCUUGGAGAGCUGAGAAACUUGCAAGACGAAGAAAAGAAACAAACCAAGAAAAGGUCGAGGUCUUCGCCUGGGAAGGAGAACAUGGUUGAUUCUCCGUUGAGAAUUUCUGAAUUAAGGCCACAACAGAACAUUGAGGUGUAUAGAGUUGAUGCUCCAGAUGCUGCUGGAAACUUAUAUCCACAUUUUUUACGCAUUCAAGCUGAACGAGAAAGUGAUGGUGUACGGUUUCCUCCAAUACCAAGAAAUGUGUGGGGGUCUCAGUUCAACUUUGUGCCGAGCCAAGACAUUCCAGAUAUGCCACUACUCCAAGUGGAUAGGACAGUUCCAGGGCACAAGUUCCCAGUUAGCCAGCGUAGUCAAUCCUUGCCUCGAUACAUACCAGAACCUGGAUUCUUCCAUCCUGCUCCUCCACCGCCACAGUCAAAUUUGCCUCGCCAGCCAAGUUUUCCGUUGUUUGGGACAACGGCCAGCUCAGACAGCGGCAUAGGGAUGCCGUUGCUACGGUUUCAGAAUGAGGAGGAACGACAGGGGAGAGCACCAAGGUUUGGAGAGUUACUGCCCCCUGAACAGGUCAUUGAGAGUGUGGGAGAGGCUGAGAAGAAGCUGCAGCUACGUGAGAGAUACCUACGUGAAUAUCACCAACUGCAGGCUGAAAAGGCAACACAAGAUUACAAGCGCCAUUUUGGUGAGCAUUUGUUGAAGAUGGAUCUUGAAGAGAGGCCAGACAAAUCGGGAGUCGCCUCCCCUCAGAAGGCACAGAGAACCCCGUCUCCAAGGAAAACACCUCGUACACCUAGAUCUGUCUCUGAACAAAUAUCUUCAAAAUCAUCAAAGAAAUCAAAGAAAAUGUUUGAGUUUGAACCAGAAGAUAAUUGGGAUGAUCAGCCAAUCAGUGAUGAGUUAUCUGAUGAGCAGCAGCCAAUCAGUGAAAGGCCUUCUCAGAAACAACAAAUCAGUGAGAGGCACUCUGCUAGGCAACCAAUGGGAGAGGAGGAGGGGGAGGAGUCAGAGGCUGAUGAUAUCACAGAGGCGGAGACUAUGACAGAAGAAGAGGAGGAGCCUCUGCAUGAUGGAUAUGCCAUCAAGCAAGGAGAGUUUGAGGCGUACCUUGCUCUGGAGAAUGCCCUUGCCAAGACUAAGGACACCCAUGCCAGGAUCCAGCUGAAGACUGCCCUGAGGCUACAGAGGCAGAGAAUGACCGAGAACUGGAAACGGCCCAAGGUCAAGGUUGAUUUUGCCACCAAUACAGCAGAGCAGCUCGACAUGGGUACAGACCCAGAACAUUUCCCACCUGAGCCUGCCCACGUGAGAUAUGCUGAGAAAGCAACCUCCAUUACCAAGGAUACUGGUGUAGAUCCGAUACAGGAGGCUGUGAUAGAGUACAACCAGAGUAGACAGCCCAACGUCCUCCCACCAGACAUCUACAUGGGGCUGAGAUUCAACGAGCAUGACCAGGCCUCUGCCAAGCAACAGGGUGAACGUGGACGUAGCUACCUGAAUGUGGUUGACCUCAAUGCGUCUUCUGUGCUCAAUGACCUCAGAGAGCGACCCGAGACUACUGAACCACGACUUGAUGUGUCUCUUACAGAAGAACAGAUGAGGUUGAGGAGUAGGAUUGCUCAAGAAGAGAGAGCAAGGACCUCAUAUGAGGCGCCUGUGAUUGAGCGUCCAACCCGAGCAGAUGCCCUCACUGUGAAGAUGUUUGAGACCAAAACACAUGAUGGGCAAGACAGGUUCACGAUGGCAAUUGUACCACGGGACAGCAUGCCGGAGUCCAAGUUUAUCAUUAUGCAGCGUCUGCGCGAGAUGAACUCACAGCUGGCGGCCAUUGACCACAUGUCCAACAACAUCGAACGGGAAUUCAAGAGCACCAGAUUGGCUAUACACACUCUGGAAGAGAUGACCGAAGCCAUGCAGCCCCCCAGAAAACAAGACCUUGAUGACAUUGAUGAAGAUGUCCCAGAGAGGCUUGUUGAUUCUCGGUCAGACACCCGCUCAGAGUCGCGAACUUUGACCCCUCAGCUCUCUGCCAAAUCCCCGAUCCCUAGCGUACGGACUACCGCAAGGUCAACUGGGAGGUCGAAGAAAUCGGCCCGAGAUCAAAAGAAAGAAAUGUCAGCAGAGCUUGCCAGGGUGUCAGGUCUCAGUGGUAUCAGUGACAUCAUAGGAGAGAUGGUGGCCCACGGAGAGAUUGACAUCGAGGAUGUUGGGCUGUCGAGACGCGAGGCUGAUAGACUGGUGCAACGAGGAAUCAUCAGACAAGAGCAGGCAGAAGACGCCCGUGUAAGCCUGGAUGAGAUCAAGAAAAUGGCGGACAUAGCGCACCGCGAUGGGGCCCGAGACCGUGAGGCACUAAGAGAAUGGAUGGCAACCAAGCGUAGCAAGCAGAUGGAGGAAUACAAGCGCCACCUGGAGGAAUUGAGAGAACGGGAACCGCGACCGUUCAGGCCAGCGCAUGAGAACUUUGAUCAGUCCUUCACGAUGCGAGAGCGCAAGGAGAGGGAGGAGUCUAGGAAGGAGGCACAGAGGACUUUCAUGACUAGACGUCUGGACGAGGCUCAACAUCUCCUGGGAAACAUCCUGACUGACAAGCCUGAACUGCCACAGGAACCAGCGCCCAGACCUGUUACAACCAAACAGCGCAUGUCCAGCAAGGACAGGUCACCAGCCAGCAUGAGGGACCGGAUUCCAGUGAAGGCGCAAACUGCACCUGCUAAGGAAACACCUCAAGGAAUUCUCAAAGUGCGGGAUUCAAGUCCACCAUUUACAUCUGAUUAUGAUGUGUCCAUGGAGGGCUAUGACAGCCGCGACCUUGACCUUGACUUAGAAGAAGACUGGGACAUGCAUGACCAGUUACCGCAGCAACUACAACCAAGGUCUCAAGUACCGAAGAGGGCUGCUCCUGUACCAGCCAAAAGAAUAGACGUGUCCCCUGCACGAGGUCCGGUACAGAAAGGCUCUGGAGUAGUUCCAAAGCUGAAACUGGGCCUGGAGGAUGUGGAUGAGGAGGAGCCAGUCAGAUUGCAGCAGACGGGAGAAACAACAGGUGAACUCACGGAAUACUACAAGGCUAUGCAGGAUAUGGACGUCUCAUUCAGUCAAGACAACCUUGCUAGACAACAGUCCGUAGAAGAAACAAAGGACGACAAGCCAUCUGCUACGCCGCAGAAAACUUUCAAACCAAAAUCAUUCACGGAAAUAGUUCGCCUCCAGAGACCUGAUAGGACCAGAAAACAGCCCAACAAGUUUGCUCUGAACUCUGCGGGUCGCGUGCAGUCUGUUAGCCAAUCAGAAACGUCCCGUACGUCUGUACGUACACAGACCUCACAGCGGGAACAGGAAAUGAUACGUGGUACAAAGAGGUCACCCAUGAGGAAGUCUUCAGAGACAGGUCCCAGGCGUGUGAAGACGUACGCUGAACGUCUCCAAGAAAUGAAGUCCGGGGAGAAAUUUUCCACACCUGUGGCCCCUAAAUCACAUCUGGGAUCAUCAAUUGCGAGCACCACUGCUCGCCCGACUUCCCGCCCUGUGAAGCCCAAACACAAGCCCAUGACGUAUGUGGAGCAGCUGAAGAAACUUAAUCAGCCACACCAUAAACCCAGAGUAGGUGGCCAGACAACCGUCCUACAGAAGCCUAUGAUCCGCUCUCACAAGCCCCCACACCAACCAAAGACUUACGCACAACAGCUUCAGGAGCUACAGCCUGCAAAAACAUUUUCCGGUGCACCCAUCAAGCGGCCCCACAAGACCCACGGGGCCACACGGCAGCGCCCCUACCAGGACCCUUACAGAGCGCUGGGACCCAGUGACCUUGACCAGCUGGAGACCGCCUCUAUCGUCAGUGGAUGGUCCAUGGGUGAGGACGUGAGGAACAUCUUGUAUGAUGGGGAGAGCUCCAUUGCUGUGGGUCGUUCUGCGUCCUACGCCCCGUCAGACCAGAUAUCCGACUACUAUGAUGUUGUCAUGGACAACCGCAGCCUAGGAGACGAUUACACAGCGUCUGUUGACAUUGAUGACCUGGUGCAAAUAGCUGAUGGUGGAUCCAUGUCGUCUGGAAGCAUGAUGAGCUACAUAGACUGGGACCAGGUGGACGAUCUCAUAGCAGACGUCAGAUAGACUGUGAUGCAGUUGCUGAUGUGAGAUAGACUGUAACUGUUUGUUUCUGGAUUGUGUUGCUGAAAUGUGAUUUGUUAAUUUUUUCUUAUUUAUCAAUGGUUGAAGGUGAAACCACGUAUC